CUACCAUUGUGAAGGUCGAGAUGACAUCGAAGGAGAAGCAAAUGGGGCGACGAUCGUCGGCAGCUCCAUUAACGACGACGACGAAGAAGGAAUCGCAGGAGCCGGAAUCGCGAAGAACACCGCGAUCUUCAUCACCUUUCUACACGGCAAAGAGGUUGUCGCCGAAGAAGAAGAUGACGGAGGUGGGUGCACGACUAAGGGGCGCAUUCGUGGCGGCGUCAGUUGGUGAGGAUUUGCCGCCUCAAACGUCGCCGGCGAAUGAGGCGAAUUCGGACUGGCCGCCUAGCCGUCAGAGGGAGCGCGCGCUGUCGGAGAACGAGCUGAAGUUGGAGAUAAAGGAAGAGCUACCGCUGGCAGGGAAUAGUAAGAAGAAGAAACGUGGCGGUGGCGGCGGUGGAAUCCUCUACUCACUGCCGGACAGAGGAGCGAUGAAGGCGGCGUACUUUGCGCUCGAGGAGAAGGUUUUGACGGAGCUUGAGGCGGAGAUUAAGAUGGCGGAUCGGGAGGAUUCGCCGAAGAUGCCAGUCGCGUGGAUUCAGCGAUCUGCUCCAUUCGGAGUGACGGUGGUGGGGGUCGGGGAAGCCGGCGACGAGGUUAGAACCGCCGGAGGACGAAUUGAAGAGGCGACCGCCUGAGAAGGGUUCGAAGAUGAAGGAGGGCGGCGGCUGCGUCUCUCUUCUCGUAAGCUCUAGGUCGGCCACCUUCGGCCAAGCCAUCAGCAACAGCUUUUACAUUUGGGCCGGGAUGUGGUUUUGUCUCAUUGUAGGUUGUCUACCAGAAACAUGAUCCAAAGGAGCAGGUGCAUUUUUUUCCCAUUCCCAAUUGAUUAUGCCAAUCAAUUCCUCUGCCUUUCUUUCUCAAUUGAAGAUCCCCUGUGUUAAAGAAAAAAAGUGUUUCUUCAUGUGGUUUCUUAUUUACAUGUUCUACAAUUCUCGACACUUCAUAAUUUUGAUUACUUAUGCUAAUUGUUUUGUUUUAUAUAGGCGAAUCGUCCCUGCGAUAAGAAAUCUCAACUGAGACC